UACUUGAGGUUAGUGCCCAGUUUUAAGCAUGUCUGUCCUUUUUAUUUUGUACAUUUAGAAUAAAUUCUUAAUAAAAAUGUGUGCAUGUUCAGAACCGAGAAAGUAACCAAGCUUGUUCCUGAGAAUCUUCUCAAGAAACGCAAGGCAUACCAGACUAUCAAAGCUACUCAAGCCAAACUUGCGUUAAAGCAGAAGAGAAAAGUCCAAAAAGGAAUUCCCUUGAAGUUUAAGCGCAUGGAGGAGUUUUUUAAAAACAGCAAGAGGAAGAAUCGAGAUGAGAAACGACUUGCCAGACUCAAACAUAGACCUCCGCUGCCCAUGCCCCCAGCAAAGAACAGCCUGGCGUUUGCUGUCCGCAUCAGAGAGAUCAAAGGCGUGAGCCCCAAAGUGAUGAAGGCCAUUCAGAUGCUGAGGCUGAGGAAGAUCUUUAGUGGCACCUUUGUGAAAGUCAGCAAGGCUUCUAUAAAAAUGCUUAAGACAGUGGAACCUUAUGUUGCAUGGGGGUAUCCCAACUUGAAAUCAGUCCGUGAGCUCAUAUUGAAAAGAGGAAUGGCGAGGACUGACAAGAGAAGGAUUCCUCUGACUGACAAUACACUCAUAGAGCAGCAUCUCGGACAAUAUGGGAUCAUAUGUUUGGAGGACCUUAUUCAUGAGAUCUGUUCUGCUGGAAAGCACUUCAAGGUGGUAAAUAACUUCCUGUGCCCGUUUCAUUUCUCAGUACCAAGACAUGCUGCUAAAGACAAAGUUGGACUGCUGAAAGAUGUUGGUGAUCCUGGACCCAGAGCUGAAGACAUAAACAUAAUCAUCAGGAAACUCAACUGAGCUAACAGACUUUCCGAAAACAGUUCUGGUGCGACACGUGACCAAGCGCUGUGAGCAGCCUUCCGCCAGUGUUCUGACAAACAUAACUGUGCACGUCAUUUUGUCUGACUGUACAUGCACCGGUGUUCUAAAAUAUUUUAUUUAUAUGUUUUAUUAAUACAUAUUGACUUUCACCGAAUAGUGAUCAGCGGGACCCCUGUGGAGAGGGUGAGC